AUGGAAGAAAGAGAAAAGAUGAACAAGGAGAAGAAAAGCAAUCUGGACAGAAUUUUCGAUGUAAUAGACGAAAAUGCAAAAUAUCCGAGAUUUUUAUGUGCUGGCUUGAGUUUGAUUUUGUGGACAGUUGCUGGAUCUUUUAUUACAAGUGAUGUGAUUCUAGCUGCUCUCCCAGAAAAUCGAUCCAAAAACUGCACCGAAAAUGGUCUUCCUAUCGAAUAUUCUUUCGCCAAUAAUUGGACUGAAAAUACCGCUGCAAUCCAUUUCAGUCUCCUCUGCGAUCGGGAAAAACUCGUUCACGACUUCAAAACCGGGACGAUGAUGGGCCUCUUUCCCGGUGUGUUACUCUCCGGCUUGAUUUCUGACAAGUUUGGGCGAAAAACUGCGAUGGUCAUUUUUUCCUUCUUAUCAUCCUUGGCAGCGCUGUUUACGCGAAUUCUUGGGCCGCAAAAUGUCGGAUUUUUCAUUAUUGGGAGGAUUUUUAUGAAUGGCUGUGCUCAUGGAGCUAGCGUCAUUUGCUUUGUGUAUUUGACCGAAAUGAGCACUCCAAAAUUCCGAACUCAAACGGGCAUGUUUGCUUGUGGAGUGAUUUUCAGCUUUGGCGUUUUUCUGAAUUCGAUUCUUGGGUUCUUUCUUGACUCCUGGUUGGAUAUUCUUGUGGCGCUGAGUAUCAUGCCGACUGUCAGCUUUUUUGUUUGGUAUUUUGUGCCAAGGUCCUAUCGUUGGUUAUUCUCAAGUGGAAAAUUCAUCCCAGCCAGAAAUGCUCUCAAGCAAUACAGUAAAAACUGUGGCUCGGAGCUUUCAGAAGAACUUCUUCACGAAAUCCUUGAGGAGCAAAAAGCCCUUGCUUCUGAAAACAACGAAGAUGUAAAAAAAGAAAAACUCGUCACUAAAGUCGUCAAAAUCCUCGCUCGAGACUCAACCCGUUCUGUUGUUUUGAGGAUGUUUUUUCUUUGGAUGUUUAUUGGAAUGUAUUAUUUCGCGCUGCUGUUGCCUGCUGAUUUGCCGGGAAAUACGCUGGUUAAUAAUGUGCUGACGGCGGCGAUGGAGGGAUUGGGGGCAUUGCUCAUGGUUCUGGUGGUGAAUAUGGUCUGGUGCUACAGAACAGUUCUCAUUGGAAAGGGAUGCUUGCUGGCGGGAGUUUGCUCGAUCGCCAGUAGUGUGGUGAUUUACUUACAGGCAAACUCAAUUUCUUCAACCUUCGAUCUCACUGUCCUCAUUCUUCAAUACACAACAUUUUUCGCCGUCUCCGCCGUUUUCGCCCUUCUUUUCGUCUACACCGGUGAAAUGUUCCCGACAGAUAUUCGCGCCACUUGCUUCGCGAUAUGCUCGCUUGGAGGAAGAUUCGGGUCCCUGAUUGCUCCGCAGAUUGCGAAGCUAGGAUUUAUUUCAACUUGCAUUCCCAAAUUUGUUUUUGCGCUUUUGAUGUUUGCUGUUUUUAGACUUUGCCAAAAACUUCCAGAAACAAAGGGUGCCCCGCUGCUACAGUCCAUAACAGAGCUAGAAGAAUUCUACAAGAAAAAUACGAAAAGAAAAGAAGAUAAGGAAGAAAAUAUCUCUUUGAAACUUUCCAUUUCAUAA